AUGUCAAGCUACGGCAGCACGUCACCUACAGAUGACGGCUUUGACAGAUACGAGCCGCCAUUUUACUGCCAUCAACAACAUGCAGGUGGCUCAAUGGACGGUGGUGUGUACUGGCCGGGAGCGGCAGAAGUCCAGGAGUUCGACUCCCAGGACAUGUUUCAUGACAACAGCAACUACAUUAGUAGAAACUACGGUUAUGACGACAUGCAACUAACUAAUGAACCAUACGACGGCUUUCAUAGCAUUAUACAUCAUAAUUUUCAAAAUAAUGGAGGUAUUGAUUGCGACAUGCAGAGCCUGCCUCGCUACGAGCGGAACCCCCCAGCGUUCGUCCGGGUUGUCAAGAGAAGGACCACAGCCAACAAGAAAGAGCGGAGACGAACCCAGAGCAUCAACACAGCCUUCACGGAUCUGAGGGAGUGUAUUCCCAAUGUGCCGCCAGACACCAAACUGUCCAAGAUAAAGACCCUUCGUCUUGCGACCUCUUACAUAUCCUACCUGCUGAAAGUCCUGGACAGCGAUGGGGAGCCGGCUGGAGGGUUUCGCGCUGAGCUUCAUCACGUGCCGCCCAGAAGAAGAUCAGACCAUACACAGAAUUCGAGCGACAAGAAGGCGAAAGGUCGAACUGGUUGGCCACAACACGUCUGGGCAUUGGAACUUAAAAGCGAACAGAAUAUACAAAGCUAGAUUUUAUUAUUGUAUACAAGUUUUGAUGUACAGAUUUCGCCCAAGUUGAAUUCAGAGUUAAGGAAUGCGAUAGUGCAAUGACCUUAUUGUAAUUUACUACCAAUGCCCCGCGGUUUAUACCGAUCUCGUGGUAGUGGUAAGUCUACUAACGGCCGUUCCCAAUAUACUAUCUACAGAUAGAGAAAAAUUACUACCUUCUAUUGUCAAUAAUCUGAAGCUAUCCCAAUAUACCCGAUAAGUCAUUCUUAUCACAUUGAUAUUGAAUUGCAAUUUCCAUACAAACUUCUAUCCCUGGUAAGCUAUAUGUCGUCCCAAUGACAGACAGCGUGUACGGAUAAGGUGAUUUACCGUCGAUAAUUUUAUUGGGACAGAAAAGUCAACGAUAGUUACGAUUUUGUUAUCUCAAGUAGCCCACAACCGGAGAUAGAUUUAAUAUUGGGAAUGGCCGUAAGACGGACAAUAGAUUUAUUUUUGUUAACAUAAGUUUUAUUUUACUUAGUUUUACCUUUAAAAGAGCAAUUCUUGUAUAUAUAUUAUAUAAUCUGAAUCUCGGAAACGGCUCCAACGAUUUUCAUAAAAUUUAGUAUAUAUGGUUUUUCGGGGGCGUUAAAUCGAUUUAGCUAGGUUUCAAUAUAAAAUAAUGUAAUUUCGCCACUAUAUGCAACACUAUAAUAGCUCAGAUGGGACAUUGGGUGAUCCGGAAAGCAGAAGACCCCGGUACGAAUCCUGAUGUCCUAUUAGUUUUUUUUUCGUUCAAGUUUUGUACAUUCUUAAAAAUCCGAGUAAGGCUCGGUCGUCCGGAUAUUUAUUUUAUUAUUUUCUUUAGAUUGAUUGUCAUUUUUAAAUUCAUAAUAUCUUUUGUUUGGGAUGUCCGGUUUCAUGAAUUUAAAAAGUAUUUUACAGGUAUUGAAACGGUCUUUAAUAAAAUAUCAUUUAAUGGGAUAAAGAUUAAUAUAGAGGUGAUAAUGAUAUGGUUUGAUUAUGGUCGGCACUUUUAUGAACUUUUAAAAUGUUAAAGAAUAGUUAUAGUGGCAUAACAAUAGCAGUUGGACAUAUGGUAUUGCGGACUUUUUUGUAAAUGUCGAUACGUUCUAUAAUACUUUUUUGUUCUAUCAUCUUAAAUAAUAUCUUAAUCUUAAUAUAUAUAUAUAAAUUACGUGACACGAUGUUUGUCCGCGAUGGACUCUUAAACUAAGGAAAGGUUUUUAAUGGGGAAUACUCCAUGGAGUGCAGUUUGGUCCAACUUGAGAGAUAGCAUAGUUUUUAUUUCGCUUUCGGACCCAUAUUUAUUUUUAUUUACAAUAUUUGUUUUGUAUGGACAUUUUUUCUAUAAGAGAAUUUAGUGACGCACGAUUUGACAAUUCCAUUAACUGAAACAAUUUAAUUAUAACAACAGGGAGCAUUUUUUACGAAAUAAUUCUCGAUGUUUUGAAAUAUUAUUGGCAAAUUCCUAUAAAACAGUAUUUUUUUUUUAUUAUCUACAGAACAACGUCUGUCGGGUCAACUAGUAUAUAUAUAUAUAUAUACUAGAUUUCCUUAGAUUUAAGUAGAAAUCUUUAUCCUCUUCUUAGACAGCUAGUGGAGAAACAUAAAACGCCUGGAUGAGAAUAAAUAUAGUUUAUUUUUUGUUUCACGGUAAUUUCGUGCAAUAGUUUUUGCACGUGUCGUCAAAAUUAAAACACUUCUUACGAAGAUACAGCAAGAUAGAAAAUAUGUAUAAGCAAAUCUAUUGUGACUGUAACCGAUUUUGAUUGUCAAGUCGUAAACAGUCGGCCACUUAGUAUUUAGAAUAUUUAACCACUAGAUAACGCACACAUUUAUAAAUCAGAUUUGGUCACGCUUUGUCGGGCUGUCAAGUUUUCUAUACGCUAGUGUAUCCUAAGUCUUUGUUAGGGACUAGGGACCAUGACCCGUGGUGGAACUAACGCUUUUUGAAGUGAAAGCUUCUUUAGCAUCGUUGUGAUUUGAAAGUCGAUGAACCGAAAACGCGAGACACAUAAAAUCAUAAGAUUUAACGUGGGAAAAAUGAGAUAGGAAGCAUUAUACAGUGUUUUUGGUACCAGGCGAUCAUAGUUGAGGAACAGAUUGUCUUAUGUAUGACGCGAGUAUACCUUAAUAUAUUAAUUACUACAUAGACAUAAGGAGAAAAUAAAUAUGGUAGCGGUGAUCGUAUAAUGUCUCUCGUAGCGAUUAAAAUUAUAUGUCACCCUAGCAACUUGUACCAGGACUUCAUAGGCAGCUUAGAGAUUCAUACACAAUGCAGGUUUCACUUCUUACAGGAAUAUUUUUUCAUAAGGAUUUUUGUUUUUUUUUACUCCAAAGAAGCACUAUAACUUGUUGUUUUAUAAGUAAGUACAAUUGAAAGUGUUUACAUACUAUAAACUUAGUAUAGUACUGUACUAGACAAACACUGUCCUUAUUACGGCGAGACUAAAUUUAAAAUGUUCAUGUGUGAUAGUUUUACAGAUGUGUUAGUGACGUGUAUAGUAUUUUGCUUUCAGACAAUCCCUACGACAAAUAUUGAUAAACGGCGUCACAUUCACGUAUACAAUAUUUUAUUAUUUAACGCAUAUUAUCUUAAAUUAUUAUAAUCUUUAGAAAAUACAAUGUUUACUGCGUAUAUUAAAUAUAAUAUUUAGUAUUUUAGUGCAUAUGUUGUACGAAAAUAAACAUAACGAAAGUGGUAUUGAAGAAUAAUUAUUUACCUGUGAAAUGUUUCUUUAGUUCGAAUGUUGGUAACAACACAAUCUAAUACAUAACACGACACCAUUAAAUUUUUCAAUAAUAUCCAAUAAAACACAGAACAAUAACGAUAAAAAUACUUAAAUUAAAACGCGGUCCGACUUGACAGGAGAUUAAUGGACACUACAUUGUAUCAAAACGGUUUCAUAGUCUUCAUCUAUUCUGUCUCUUUCUCACACCUAGGUUUUUAUGUAACUAUAGUAAUUUAAGUCUCAAACAGGGUUAGUCUAUUACACUAGUAUAAUAAGUUUAUGGUACAGAAAUAGGGCUUCCAAUCCCGCGGCCUGUGUUCAAUCGGCAUUUGCGGGACUACGAAUUAUCAAUCCCGCGGGAUCUCGGUAUUUGCGGGAUCCCGCAUAUUGAAAAUAUGCACAUAUUAAAAAAAAAACAAUGAAUCUAUCAACUCCACAUUUAUUUACGUACAUAUUACUAUUAAAAAGAGAUCAAUCAAAUUAUACUGUAUUUUUCACAAACAAAAAUGAAUAACAAAUUCUGAAUAAAAUGCAAAUCAAAACAAAACAAAUCGUUUUCAAAAAAUACACAAAGUAAAAUUGAAUAAUCAACCAAAAAAACACAUUAAAACUGAUAAAUUAUAACUUAAUAAUUAAGUUUGUCAGCUUUUAAUCUUAACUGAAAAUGUUUGCAAAGGAAACACAACAUGUCCAAACUACUGCGUAUUUUAGACCCAAUAUAGCCUGCAGCAGAAAAUGCUUUCUGCUUCCACACUUGUGGGCGGUAUUACGAAACAGUUAAUAAAUUGAGUUAUUAAGAAUAAUAUUUCACGCAGAUUAUCCUAUUUUGCAUCGCAAGCACGCUUAUUUUCAGUCCCGCAAUUCCCGCGGAUCCCGCGCCCGUAAUCCCGCAUCUCGCGGGAUUGGAAAAUGGCGCUGGAUCCCGCAAUACCGAGAUCUCGGUAGAUUUGAAGCCCUAUACAGAAACACUUUUUUUACUACUUGCUUUAUAAGCUUAUAUUUGUUUUCAAACAUAUUAUAUAUUGUUUGCAUACGCGUAGAAAUUGUAUUGUAGUCAGAGAUAAGUAUUAUGUUAAAUGCCUCCAAAGCUACGAGAUUUAAGUUUAAACCAAAGACUAAAUAAAUUAUUGUACAUA